GGCUCCGUGGGUCCCCGAGCCGCCCCUGGCGGGACCAUGGCGGGCGCCAGGCCGGGCGUCCACGCGCUGCAGUUGGAGCCGCCCACCGUCUUGGAGACCCUGCGGCGCGGGAGUAAGUUCAUCAAAUGGGACGAGGAGGCCUCCAGUCGGAACCUAGUGACCCUGCGUGUGGACCCCAAUGGCUUCUUCUUGUACUGGACAGGACCUAACAUGGAGGUGGACACAUUGGACAUCAGCUCCAUCAGGGACACACGGACAGGCCGUUAUGCCCGUAUGCCUAAGGACCCCAAGAUUCGAGAAGUACUGGGCUUUGGGGGCCCUGAUGCCCGGCUGGAGGAGAAGCUGAUGACUGUGGUGGCUGGGCCAGACCCAGUAAACACCACGUUCUUGAACUUCAUGGCCGUGCAAGAUGACACAGUCAAGGUUUGGUCAGAGGAGUUGUUCAAGCUAGCUAUGAACAUACUGGCUCAGAAUGCCUCCCGAAACACCUUCCUGCGGAAAGCAUACACAAAGCUGAAGUUGCAGGUGAACCAGGAUGGACGGAUUCCGGUCAAGAACAUUCUGAAGAUGUUCUCAGCCGACAAGAAGCGGGUGGAGACUGCGCUAGAGUCCUGUGGCCUCAAAUUCAACCGGAGUGAGUCCAUCCGGCCAGAUGAGUUUUCCUUGGAAAUCUUUGAGCGGUUCCUGAACAAGCUGUGUCUGCGACCGGACAUUGACAAGAUCCUGCUGGAGAUAGGCGCCAAGGGCAAACCUUACCUGACACUAGAACAGCUCAUGGACUUCAUCAACCAGAAACAAAGAGACCCGAGACUCAACGAGGUGCUGUACCCACCCUUGCGGCCCUCACAGGCCAGGCUGCUCAUUGAAAAGUAUGAGCCUAACCAGCAGUUCCUAGAGCGAGACCAGAUGUCCAUGGAGGGCUUCAGCCGCUACCUGGGAGGGGAGGAGAACGGCAUCCUGCCCCUGGAGGCCCUGGAUCUAAGCAUGGACAUGACGCAACCAUUGAGCUCGUACUUCAUCAACUCUUCACACAACACCUAUCUCACUGCUGGGCAGCUGGCCGGGACGUCGUCGGUGGAGAUAUACCGCCAGGUGCUGCUGUGGGGUUGCCGCUGUGUGGAGCUGGAUGUGUGGAAGGGACGGCCACCUGAGGAAGAGCCCUUCAUCACCCACGGCUUCACCAUGACCACUGAGGUGCCCCUGCGUGAUGUGCUAGAGGCCAUUGCUGAGAGCGCCUUCAAAACCUCACCCUACCCUGUCAUCCUCUCCUUCGAGAACCAUGUGGACUCGGCAAAGCAGCAAGCCAAGAUGGCUGAGUACUGCCGCUCUAUUUUUGGAGAUGCACUGCUCAUCGACCCACUGGACAAGUACCCGCUGUCUGCGGGCGUCCCCUUACCCAGCCCGCAGGACCUGAUGGGCCGCAUCCUGGUGAAGAACAAGAAGCGACAUCAACCCAGCACAGGUGUCCCUGACAGCUCAGUGCGCAAGCGGCCCCUGGAACAGAGCAACUCGGCUCUGAGUGAGAGUUCUGCUGCCACUGAGCCCUCCUCACCCCAGCUUGGGUCCCCCAGCUCUGACAGCUGCCCAGGCCUGAGCAAUGGGGAAGAGGUGGGGCAUGAGAAACCUAGCUUGGAGCCCCAGAAGUCUCUGGGUGAGGAUCGAGGCCCUGAUGUUCUCAUGCCUACUGACCGAGAGGAUGAGGAGGAAGACGAAGAAGAGGAGGAAACAACAGAUCCCAAAAAGCCCACCACGGAUGAGGGUACAGCCAGCAGUGAGGUCAACGCCACUGAGGAGAUGUCGACACUUGUCAACUACAUUGAGCCUGUCAAGUUCAAGUCCUUUGAGGCUGCUCGAAAAAGAAACAAGUGCUUUGAGAUGUCAUCCUUUGUGGAGACCAAGGCUAUGGAGCAGCUGACCAAGAGUCCCUUGGAAUUCGUGGAAUACAACAAGCAGCAACUCAGCCGCAUUUACCCCAAGGGUACCCGUGUGGACUCCUCCAACUACAUGCCCCAGCUCUUUUGGAAUGUGGGCUGCCAGUUAGUCGCACUCAACUUCCAGACCCUGGAUUUACCAAUGCAGCUCAAUGCAGGCGUCUUUGAGUACAAUGGGCGCAGUGGGUACUUGCUCAAGCCUGAGUUCAUGCGGCGGCCGGAUAAGUCCUUUGACCCCUUCACAGAGGUCAUUGUGGAUGGCAUUGUGGCCAACGCCUUGCGGGUCAAGGUGAUCUCGGGGCAGUUCCUGUCUGACAGGAAGGUGGGCAUCUAUGUGGAGGUGGACAUGUUCGGUCUCCCCGUUGACACAAGGCGCAAAUACCGAACUCGGACAUCUCAAGGGAAUUCCUUCAACCCUGUGUGGGAUGAGGAGCCCUUUGACUUCCCCAAGGUGGUGCUACCCACACUGGCUUCGCUUCGCAUUGCAGCCUUUGAGGAAGGUGGCAGAUUUGUUGGGCACCGAAUUCUCCCUGUCUUUGCCAUCCGCUCAGGAUACCACUAUGUUUGCCUGAGAAAUGAGGCCAACCAGCCACUCUGCCUGCCAGCCCUGCUCAUCUACACUGAGGCCUCUGAUUACAUUCCAGAUGACCACCAGGACUAUGCUGAGGCCCUGAUCAACCCCAUCAAGCAUGUCAGCCUGAUGGACCAGCGCGCCAAGCAACUGGCUGCCCUCAUUGGGGAGAGUGAGGCUCAGGCCAGUACAGAGACAUGUCAGGAGACCCAGUCUCAGCAGCUGGGGUCACAGCCGCCCCCUAACCCCACUCCGAACUCACUGGAUGCCUCCCCUCGGCGGCCCCCAGGCCCUGCCACCUCCCCCACCAGCACCUCCCUCAGCAGCCCAGGGCAACGAGACGACCUGAUCGCCAGCAUCCUUUCAGAGGUGAUUCCUACCCCCCUGGAGGAACUCCGAAGCCACAAAGCUCUGGUAAAGCUCCGGAGCCGUCAGGAGCGAGACCUUCGGGAACUGCAUAAGAAACAUCAGCGGAAGGCUGUGGCCCUCACUCGCCGUCUACUGGAUGGCCUGGCCCAGGCCAGGGCUGAGAGCAGGGGCAGGGCUGCUGAUGUGGAGAACAUGAAAGAGGAAGAGGAGGAGGCCAGACAGUAUCGAGAGCUCCAGAAACGGCAGGUGCAGAGCCUCUUGGAGCUGAGGGAAGCUCAAGCAGAUGCAGAGACUGAGCGGAGGCUGGAAUACCUGAGACAGGCUCAGCAGCGGCUCAGGGAGGUUGUUCUGGAUGCUCAUGCCACACAAUUCAAGAGGCUGAAGGAAAUGAAUGAAAGGGAGAAGAAGGAGCUGCAGAAGAUUCUGGAUAGGAAACGCCACAACAGUAUCUCAGAGGCCAAGACUAGGGAGAAACAUAAGAAGGAGGCGGAACUGACAGAAAUUAAUCGACGGCACAUCACCGAGUCAGUCAACUCCAUCAGACGGCUGGAGGAGGCCCAGAAGCAACGACAUGACCGCCUGGUGGCAGGGCAGCAGCAGGUCCUUCAGCAGCUGAUGGAAGAGGAGCCCAAGCUGCUGGCCCAGCUGACCCAGGAGUGUCAGGAACAGCGGGUGAGGCUACCCCAGGAGAUCCGACGGUGCCUGCUGGGCGAGACGACGGAGGGGCUACAGGAUGGGUCCCUGGUGGCCUGUGCCAGCAAUGGUCACGCGCCCCGGAGUAGUGGGCAUCUGUCUGGCGCCGACUUGGAGAGCCAGGAGGAGAACACCCAACUCUGAACUGGCUGAGCAAGAGAUAACGAAAUAGGCAUGGAGUGGAGUGGAAGCCAGGAGUGCCAGGCCACAGCUAAGAGCAGACCUGCCUGGAGGCAGGAUGGCCUCUGUGUAGACCUGUCUUCGUCGCCCUGAAGAACCUGCUCCAUACAAGGGACUCCAGAAGCACCAGAGACCAGGCUGGACAGAGCAGGCCAGGCACUGCAAUAGGGGCAGGCUGGCAUCUCUUCAAGGCCUCUCCCAGCUUCCUGGCAGUUGGGGACUGGCUGCUCCCUCCAGAGGAAGGCAGCCUCUUAUCUAGGCUUAUCUCCUGCCAAUGAAGUGUUUUCUUUGCUUUGUUUUUGCUGGAGCCUCAGGCAAACAGAGGGGUGGGGAGGCCAGGGAAACAGGGUGGCCAGGGUUGGGCUUCCCAGCUCUGAGACCUCUGCCCUGAGCCCUUCCUCAGAUUCGGUACCAAUGCCCAAGCCUUCAUCCUGCUGUCAGACCUCGUCCUGUUUCCAGAUCUGCAACUCUCCUGUAUUCUGAGUCCCCUGAGCAGUAGAUUGCCAUAUUCUUGACUGGCCCACCUCCCAAACGCUCCGUUGGAGAGUCUUCAAAACAAGAGAAACUCCCAACAUCCAGGUGUGUCCUCUCGGUCCCCAUAGUUUCCACCGCUGAGAGUGACCGUCCCAAGUCCGUGCCUCACCUUCAAGUUACAGCUCUUAACUGAACUUCCUGAGCUCUUACUACUAUAGGGAGCCGCUCCCUCCCAGGUUCCAGGAAGCUUCUAGCUGAGCUAUGGCGCAAUCCAUCUGUACAAAGCACUGGCUUGGGCUAUAGGGGGCUCCAAUAAAUCUUG